AGCGAUCUGCUGUGGUUCUGUCAGUCGAGAGAUGCAGGAGCGUGACGUCAUGUGGGCACGCGACAGCGAUUGGACUGCGCUAUGCCACGAAAGCGAAGAGAUAUGCAAUGUGCACACCGAAACCUGCACAAGCCUCUUUGAGAGACAACAUGUGAGCUGUUUACCAUACCCUUGAUAAUGGCUGCCUUGCAGGUCUCUCGUACCCGCUCAACACAAACUUCAUCUGAAGAUCCUGUUUACGUUCACAGUCAUGGCUGAUGCUCCGCUCCUCGGGAGAGGCAAUGACCCAUCACGAUCAACAGGUAGCCGUAUCAAGAAUGCGCGCAAUGUAGAUACUAAUACAAGCAUCAUUCGAUCCAUCUUAAAGAUCUUUAGCGGCGGACUCAUCGCCCCAGCAGACACCACAUAUGCCACCAUCAUGAUCCUGUUGAACAGCACAAAUGCGGAGGAGCAAGACAAUCUCACGACGCAAUGGCGCGACCACAAACUCAAUGAGCUGAGUUUCAUCGGCGUCGUGAGUCCCCUCGUAGCAGUGUGCCUCGUGAGCACCGGCGCCUGGGAUGAGAUCAGCGGCAAGGGCUGGUACAUACGCGCCAUCUGGUACUCUGGCAUCGUCUUCGCGCUGUUCUCAGUCCUCACCGCCACGCAGCAGACGCUGCGCCUGCACCGUCUCUCGGCACACAAAGAUGGCUUGCAUCUUCUCCGUUUGUGUCUCGUGCGCGACCGUAAGCCGCUUGACAGCGAAGAAGGUGAGGCCAAGCUCGUGCCGAAGCCGUUCCAGAUCUGGAGUUGGCAGAGCUCCAUGAUGUUCCUCAUGAUGGCCGUGGGAUGUCUGCUUGUGGGGAUGUUGGUGCUGGUGUGGAGUGCGGUGAUCAAGGAGACGAAGAAUGUGGAAUAUGAUGAGAAUUUCAAGCUCGCGAUGUCAUUUACGACGGUGCUUGCUGCGACUGUGGUGUACUUCUUUGCGACGCAAGUUAGUCUCAUGGUUGGAGUGAGCGUGGAGUAGGAGCAACCUGAAAGGAAAAUGCGAAGGUGCUACACUGGUAAGCACAUGCGGGCUGCUAGGCUUUCGCAAAGUCAUCUUUUCAUCUUGAACCGCGCAGUUCUAGCGAUGUCUGGUUUAUUGGAGGGAAGAGUAGAAACAGCUUGCUGGGGCUUGAUUAAGCAGAUCCAGUGAAAAACGAAUCAGGUGCGUAGAUUCUGCGGCGGCAAGCCAAUAUGGAUAUAGAGAGGUAUGGGCACAUUAAUGAUCUGUCUCUUGAC